CAAGUUGUUUUUUUUUUGUAUCUUCUGCAGUGGUCGCGAAGAUGCCUGGUACCGUUCCUAGUCUACCGCAUCACGAUAGCCGUCUUCACCCUCUUCAUCUUCAUCUACACACUCGGGGACUACAUAGUGGCGGACUACGGUGUAGCGUGGUUCUCCAUAUACGCCACCAACUGGACUUUCCUCAUCCAGACGGUUUACUACAACAUGGCAGCCAUUGUAACGUCGCUUGCGUGUCCCGAUGUAGAUAGCCGGUGUCACGAAAGAGGUAAUAGCAGCACACUGGCACUAGGAGGAAAGCACAAGACUUCGUCUCGAAGAUUACGUGAGAGUUUUUCACCUGGAGGAACCGGGAACUUUGAGGUAGAGUCUGAUUCUGAAGACAGCAAUGACGGCCUGUCGGUAGACGUAUCAACAGCGCCACCUGACGAUCUCUGUUGGUACCACAAGACGAUGUGGGUGCUGUACAACACCAUGGCUCCCAUAGCUUUGCUGAUCACCUUCCUACGAACUCUUGCCAUGGGUUUUGGCACAUCGUUCGAAUGGACAAAUCACCUCAACCCCCUGACAGACAUCCUGCAUCACUUCUGUAACGGCGGCAUAGUUUUGGUGGACAUUUUUGUGAGCGCCACUCCCACACGACUCCUACACUUCGCACACCCCCUGGCCUAUAGUUUUAUCUACAACAUGUUCCUCAUUAUUUACUGGGUAUCAGGAGGAUGGGGCAUCACAGGAGAACGUUGGGUUUACCCUGUGGUCGACUAUUCGGACGAACAUUGGCGCCCUUCUGUUAUCUUCGUGUUGAUUGGUUUGUUCGUGGUCGUGCCCGUUUUCCACCUGUUGGUGUUCGGACUGUACAAGUUAAGGUGCGCCCUCGUGCGGUGCGUACUCGGAACUGCAGCGGAUGGAGCGGAAAGGACAAGACUGUUGUCCGAAUGACAAGAAAAAAAAAACAAAUAUACACAGAUGUUAUGUUUGAAACAGGGUAACACUUACAAGUGAAAGGAAGGAACAUUGCAGUGAAAAAUCAACUUGACAUGUGGAAAUAACAAUGAUAUUUAACUUGAAAUGAAGCAAAUAUUACUAAGUAUAUCAGGGCCAACGUUAUAGUUAAGUUGGGCAGCAAGUGCAAGGCCCAAAAUGGGAAUGAUUUUAUAAUGUCUACUUAAUAUCCUUUAACUUGUGCUGUCUUCUCUCUAAAGUUUUGGCCUGAUUCUGAAUCCUAUGGGCAUUGAGGGGAUAGUUAGAGUGAGAUCAAAAUCUGUUAAAUUCACGAGUUUUAAAUUUAUUUGGCGUAAAGAAAGAUCUGAGUUGUUUGGUUUGGUACUAACAGUGCGGAUGGAUAUAGAAUCGUUUGGAUACUUGAAGAAAAUAACCCCUUUUUUUCUUUGCAUAGUUAUCAACUAGAAUGAUAAGGUGAUGUAGAAUUUUUAAGAUUGCAUUUUUAAUUUGUAAGGUGUGUUACUACUUGAGGCCUUAAUUCAUU